GUACUUUGAUCCAACAUGAAAUAUUGUUGCAUUUUUCUGGCAUUCUUCUUCAAUCUUGUUGAUGCUUUGUAUUUCUAUCUCAACGAAGGGGGCGAGAAAUGCUUUAUACAAGAACUGCCGCGUGAUACUCUAUUGGUUGGCAGCUAUAGAUGCCUGCCUCUCACGACCAACCAAUCCCGAUCAUCAACUGUGGAAGGACUUGGAAUGAUGGUGGAAAUCAAGGAUCCCGCACAGAAAACUGUUUUGUCCAGGGAAUACCGGUCGGAGGGGCACUUCACCUACAAGUCACAUGAUCCCGGUGAACACCUCCUGUGCUUGCAUGCCAAAGGACAGAAAUUUGUAGGUAAAAAGUUGAAAAUUGAUUUUGAUUUGCAAACUGGGGAGCACGCAAUCAAUUACACUGUGCUGCAGAAGAAAGAAAAAUUGAAUGAAAUCGAGACGAAAUUUAAACAGUUGGUGGAAAAAGCUGCUGCAGUUACUAAGGAACAGGAUUAUCAAAGAUACCGAGAGGAGUUAUUUCGUGGAACAACAGAAACCAUCAGCCAAAGAGUACUCUACUGGUCAGUUGGAGAAACAAUAAUCCUUAUCUUGAUGGGCAUAUGGCAAAUGCAGAACCUCAGAGGAUUUUUUGAAUCCAAGAAACUCGUUUAGAUCGCAAGUGAUUGUUCCUUUAAAUGAAAUCAGGGAACAAAGUAAAGAAUCUUUCUAAUUUUAAAUGUAGAAAACUUUUGCAAAAGGAGACUUGUGAUUUUGAUGACAUUUAG